AUGCCCAAUGCCCCGCGGGAUUGCUAUCGCAUGCCUUGCGCGCCUUCUUUCCCAACCAUCAUCUGCAGCACCGGAAUGUCUUCGCCGUCUCAUACCCCCUUGUCCUCACCGUCUCGUUCAACGUCGCGUGCGCCGCUGUCUUCCGUGUCUAACCCUGGGCGUAGUUCCCCCGAGGGAAGCACCGAUCGGACGUCGCUGGGGAAGAGACAAAGGUCGAUUUCUUGGGACGCAACGCAGAGUUUCAGUGGCGAUUCAGGGAGAGCUAUAUUAGCAGGAGUUUUGCGAAGCUGGGAUGAGGCGAAACAAUCAUGUAAGUUAAUCCUGGAGUACAGCGACAUUACUGGCGAGGAAGAAGAGGAAGCAUAUAUGCUGUUUCUAGAAGAGAGGGAGGCAAUGGCACGGGAGAUGUUGGCCAAAGUGGCUUGCGCGAAGUUGAAGUGGGGCGCAGUAGUUGAUGGGAUGACUUUAGAGGUCAUGGAGGCGUACGUUGCCGAUAAUAUGGAUGAGUUCUCCGAAGAAGAUUUAGAAAACACGAGCCUGUCGGCGAGGAAACGAAAGCAGAAAGAACUAGGUGUUGGUGGUGGAACGGGACAAGCGAACGACGCAGGCGUUGGAGCAGGCGCAGGCGAAGAACAGGGCGGUGGCGAAGAACAAGGCGCUGGCGCAGAACAGGGCGGUGGCGAAGAACCAGGAGGCGGCGAAGAACAGGGCGGCGGCGGCGUUGGCGGGGAUAAUGGCGCGAGGCCUCCAAAGAAGCCUCGUAAGGCCAAAGUGCCCAUUAUCGAGCAGUUGAGCUAUGAGUUGAGCGCCAAGAUAGACGAUGUAAACAUGGCGGGGUAUGAAGCGGUGGAGGAUCGAUUCCGUUGCGUAUACACGCACGUCGGAGCUGUCCACGGCAAGCUAACGGAAAGGGAUUUGUUGGACUCACUCCACGGGUAUUGCCACAAGCCUAAGCAUAAGAGUUUUUUAGAGGAGGAAGCUCUGGCAAGGCUCAUCGUCGGUUACGGGGAUAUCAAUAUGGAACGGCUAAAUGAAGCUUUCGGCAAGUCUGAAAAAGAGAGGGUAAAUGAAUCAGAAAAGUUCUUGCUUGAAUGGUCUAUGAUGCAGGAGAGUGUUAACUUACUGGAGGGGAUCUUUCUGACGAUGGCCGGACUUCGUCUGGCCAUUGACAGGAGCAAUGUAUCAGAUACGGACGAAGGGAGGAGAUGGAAAAAGAAACAGAGCGACGAUUUGUUCGAGCUGCAAUAUGGCGCUGCUCUUGCUCACGUGCCAGUGUUUGAACGAAAGGGGAAGGAACAUACUUGGAGAAAGAGGUGGAUAAAGGCCCACGAGAAGAUGGUAACGAGGCGGAACAAAGUACUGGCGCUGUUCAAAGCGUUCGGGUGCAUCGUGCUCUUGGAUCCUCUGUGGAGUCCAACAGAGACGUCUUCCUCGGAUUUUCAUCAGUUGCAUGCCUGCGUUUUAGAUAAUAUAUUGAAACGACGACGACGAGCUGACGACGACGCGGAAGGCGAUGGGGACGUGCCGUGGCACACGGGCAACGACGUGGGGAACAGAAGGAUGCUGGUGGAGGUGGUUCGAUACUUCACGACGGAUGCAAUGGCACGGUUCAUAGACGAGACGGUGGACAAAUUGGAGGAGGAUGCGUCAGAGAUUGCAGUGUAG